GGAGCAGUCUUUAUGGUGGGGAGAGGGGAAGACCGAGAGAUCGCAGUUCAUACUGGGCCCCAUGAUGUUGACGAUCCAAGAUUUGGAUGGGCCGUAUGGGCAGCGAUGGCAGUUGCCGCUUGGUUGUGAGAUGAUUUGAUGUUGGGUUCGUGCUUUUUAUUUUUUUCAUCACGGUUGAGUAAAAGUUUUGUGAUGCGGCUUGGGAUUUUGUCUUGGAUUUUCCCCAUUUCCCCAUUCGAGCGUGUUUUAGUACCGUUUCGUUUCAGCGAUUUUUUUCUUCUUUUGCCGGUCACGAGGUCAUGAUAUAUGUAUACCCUCUUCAUUUCCGUUGCCUGGUGUUUUUUUUUAUAUGAUACGAACGAGUUGGCGAUGGCCCGGACCGGUAGUUCUUUAUUUUGGCAUCUAUUUUUUUUUUCUUUUCUUUCCCUCAAAUCUCAAUUCUCUGGGAUAGCAUUGGUGUACGUUAGGUAAACGGAAAAGCUGAAGUGAACACCGUUAUUCUUGAUCAAAGAAUUUUCUUGUGAUGUCUUUGUGAGCACUUCAUAAUGGGUUUCGUCGUUGAGGGUGUCGCGAGUUUUUUGUGCUAGGCUAGGGACCACCAUGGCGGAUGGGAACUGUGUUUUCGAGGGGGUAUGAAGCUGUAACUUGGCCUUUCGGGAAACUCAGUGCUGUGCGGUAUAAUAUAGCGUGUUGGAGCGGAAAGAGGGUUAGACGCGAAGAUGAAGGUGAACCUGCUCGAAUCCCCACGGUGGAGCUUCCAUCAAAACCAAAACUCGGAACCCGGGGCAAAAAAGGGAGUACAGUAUCCAACAUACCGUAGCGUCGGAGCGUCUCCUACUCUCCUGAAUUUCCUCUCCUCGCUGCUAGACGUCAAUUGAGACUUCCAGAUUUUGACAUUUUCGGUGUGUUUUAACUGAUUCGCUUCCCCGUCCAACACCCUACGGGUAACUUUUGCUCUGUCCAUUCUUGCAUGCCUUCCGAAACAGAGGUUUAGCUGGGUGAGUUCAUAUAUGAUCACUCGAAUGUGCGACAACUCUCGCCGGAUCGUGUUGCAGUUUCCGACCACCGCAUCCGCUGUCCGCUGUGCCUUCUCCAGCGGCCCUUGGGGUCCUUCGGAGAAAAUGGAUAAGGUACGUGUCCAUGGCUCAAUCAAUUGUGUGGCCUCUCACAACAUAUCAUGCUUUGAUCACACCCUCCAGCUAGAGCUUUGGGCACCAUCUGGCACCACCAUCUUUCUGGAGCUGUUCGGUCACCUUCACCUCAACAACUCGCUCUGGGCCGGAUUCAGUGCUGUAAUAAUGGUAACGCUUGGCACUCCAUCAUUUGUAAAUCAUGGUGUGAUGCGAUACCGGAAAAUUUCCAUCCUACCCUACCGUUGUACAAGUACCAGUACUGUACUGCACGGGCCAAAUCGGUCAGGUCAGGUUUUCACCUCAGGGUGAUUUCUGCACUUUCAAUUUCUCCAAGCGAUCGUGCGCACCUGUGUUCGUCCACUUGGCGCUGACACACCUGGCAGUAAGUAUUAGAAGUCUUGUGCCGUGCUCUGCCGGUAACUUAUGUUGUUCCAGAAUUCUGGGAGCGCGGGCAAUGCGUGGAUCGCAACGGUAUCAAUACUACUCGUAGUAGUAUAGAUUUCUGGGGCAUCGGUGGUGUCAUGUAUUAUAAAGCAC